CUAGGCUCUUAAACCGAAGUUCUUCAUCUUGCUAAGCGCGACCCGGAUACAAAAUAAUUCUUAACCGGCGCUCCAAGACUAAUGCGAUAUCAGAGUGUCUGAUUGCAUUUUGCGGACCAGGCGAACCCCGGAACACCUAUGCUUGGAUGAGCCAUUUGUUCAUCCCAAACUAACAAGAGGCUUACGUCAUGUUGACUUGUGCGUACUAUCGCUUGUUACCAAAUCCUGUCAAAAUUUGCGGUGUCCAGCUCGACUAACGCCCGAUGCGAAAGUGCUGAGGAUGAGAUGAGAAGUCAUUGCCUCUGCCAAAAAUACCUUACACAACUUCUCCAAUGCUAGAGAAGACAGCUGCGAGCCUCGAACCAUGCGGCCUUCUACUGCCCCUAGCUACCAAAUCCUUUCGGAGCAGGCGUCAGCUCCAUACGGCUUUCUGGCAGCAUGGCGCUGCUGGUGUUGAGCUCAGCAACGCAUGGCAGGCCUUGAUGCACGGUGUUUUCAACUUAAAUACCGACUCACCAGAGACGAAGAACACUUCUCUCCGAGCCUCGUCCUUUCUCCUCGACUUCCUCUAUCCCAAUGUCACCGUCGCCUUCAUGCGCCGAUUUGGCCCAGCUCCCGGACACAGCUUCGCAAAAGUUUCGCCUCGACUCUACAGCUCUUCGGCGACGUCGACACCUCUGGCCCCGAGCGCGGAAACCAAGGUUGACGAAAGUCACUUUGAACAAAAGUCAACAGAAAUUCCGGCAGCGGGCAAGGUCGAUGCGUCAGGACAAGAGAAUGCUGUCGGGGCAGAUAUCGAGGGUGCCACGGCCGAUCAAACACCAGCCGUCCAGGACGUGGACGCUGCUAUAAGAUUGGAUGACUCUCAGAAUAUGUAUGGUCACCGUGAUGCUGAUCAUGUGGAGGCUCUCGUCGCUCUCCUAACAAACGGAACCCCCGACGAUGCCGAUCAAGUCUGGCGUCACUACCGGUCGCUGGACGAACAGUCCAAGGCUAUUUACCUUGGGCAGACCCUUGUCUUUCUUUCCAAGACGGGCAGUGUGACGGAUUCCUGGAAAAUAUCGGAGCUCUUUCAACAAAUUGACCCAACUCGGUGGGAUAGCUACACGUUUGUGGCAGGCCUCACGGCCGAAAUGAAUUUACAAAACGAGCAGCGGGCUUUGGAAAUUUUUGCGAAAGGUCUCUCAAGCACUGAUAUUGACGUGCCAUCCCUGAUCGAGGCAUUUGAUCUACUGCUUGCUUCUGCCAUAAAAUCUUCGACUACAGACUUGUUGAAUGACCUCUGGAAACUUCACAACAUGAUGGCGGGUCGAUGGGAAUUCGAGAGUAUAACUAGUCAACUCAGCCGCGUGGCUAUGGUCUCUGGUCUUCCUGAGAAGAUUCUUGCUCUCAAGAGUUACUUUGAACAAACGCGAAAAAGGGCCGGCGGCAAAGUUCUUCGGAGGCUGCUCGUCCGACGGGCUCUUGCUAAUUGUUCCGACGACCAAGUCCUCCAAUUAUUGUCCAUGACUCACGAUCAUCUCGCCUUUGAAGAAUUUCUACGCCAUUUUUCAUUCAGAGGCCGUCGAAGGAACGUCCCCGACAUAUACCGGCGCUAUCGAAGCCAGCAAGGUUGUCAACCAAGCCAUGCCGUUUUACACACGGUUUUCACAGCCUACAUUGCGAUGCAUUCGACAUCUGCCAAGCUUGCUAAUCUGGAAAGGCUAUGGGGUGACUGGCAUAGAUUUCACGGCCAGCCAACCCGGCGUGCCUAUCAAAAAUUCCUUGGCUUCUACGCCGCAGAGGGCGAUAAAGAACGGGUUUACAAGCUAUGGACAGACUACAUGGAGUUGUACGCUGACCUCGAUGUUAUACAUGGUGACGACACGUUUGCCCAUUUACUUCAGGUACAUGCUGUUCGAGAAGAGAUCCACGAAGUCCAGAAAAUAUUCAACGAUAUCAAGGAGAAGUUUGGCAUUGAGCCUAACAGACACUGCUGGAACAUCCUGCUUAAUGCAAAGGUCAAGACGGGGGACUAUGAUGGUAGCAUUGCAACCUUCGAAGAAAUCGCUCAAGCUGUUGGUGCAGACCAAUACACUUACGGGACAUUGAUGCAGAUGGCUGCCUCGCGAGGAGACCUGGGGUUCACUGUCGAUCUCUACCGUCGAGCACGGCGGCAAGAGAUCCAUACUAACUCAGCGAUGCUCGGCGCGCUCGUCGAAGCUUACUGCCACAACGACCAUUUUCACGAAGCCGAGGACGUGUGUGUGCGCGCAGCUAAGAGAGGAAUUAAACCCACGCGGGUAUGGAACAAAGUCCUGCACGCCUAUGCGCUGCGUCGCAACCUCACGAGGAUAAACCGUCUCCUGAGUGUCAUGACUAACAUGGAGGUUCCAUACGAUCACCAUACCUACAACGAACUCCUGCUUGGACUCUCGCUUUCUCGGCAGAGUCAGCAUGCGCUUCAGUUGCUCGCUGUUGCCAUCAAAGAGUCUGCAUUCCUAGUCACGGCCGACCAUUUCCACACACUUUUGGGUGCCUUUAUCAAGACGGGAGAGUCUGACAUAGCGUUCAAAGUACACAAGCUCAUGCAACAAGUUGGCUUUGCAUCAUCGGCGACAAGCAUAGUUGGAUUGGCAACAGCAUUUGGCCAGUGGCAAAGGUUGCCUCCUUCCCGACAGCUUGGUGCCUCGGGGGAUCGUCUGCUUCGCGCGGCGCUGGAGGAGUUCUGUUCGUUCUAUGACGACCGGAAAGGCAAAGGCACGAAAUACCACGAGGCUUCUGCCGUACCGCAGACCUCGGGUCAACUACUAGAUAUGCACCCGCAAACUUUCCAGUUCGGUCGGAUGAUCUAUCUCUUCACGCAAAUGAAGGAUUUCAUGACUGUCAAGAAGCUUGUUGGCUUGUAUCAGAAUGUCUACAGAAUCAAUCGGAGCAAGGGAGAUGUUCUGCCCGUGCGUUUGUUGAGUUCAAUCAUGCUGGCUGACUGGCACGAGGGGCAAUACGAUCGCGUCCAGGAGACAUGGGGUGUCAUGUUCGGUAUUGCCAAGCGAGGCGCGCUCUCGGCCGAUUGGAGCGAUUACUUGCCAGCCUCCCAAGGUUCCAGGGUGUCGCCGGAGUACCAAUACGUUCUCUCGGAUGGAUUGAAGAUCAUGCAAGAACUGCGGGUAUCUCAAGGCGACCUGGCGGGACUUCGGAAGCUUGUUGCCGAUGUGCUCGCGGCGGGUUUCAAACUGAACAGUAGGAGUUGGAACAUGUAUGUGCAAGGGCUCGUCAAGCUCAAUGCCUACAAAGAGGCAUUUGAAGUCUGCGAAAAAUAUCUCAUGCCCAACUGGACAGGUUGGUAUGUGGCUCGGGCCAAGGCGAACAUGAAGAAUAAGAUUUCGCUUGACGCACGGCGAAGGGGAAUGCAGCCUCGGCACCUCCGACCGACGGCACAUACGUUCUACUAUCUGGUUCGCGGCUACAUUGAGCUGGACAAGAUGAGCACUUUCUCGCCGGAAGCCAAUCAGAUUCUCAAGCAUAUCGAGGAGGAAACGCCGCAAACACACCGUGCCGUAACUUCUAUGAUCUUGGUUCACUCGGACGUGGAACGAGACAUUCUGUCGAUUGAGGGGCCUAGAAGAAUGACAGAAGAACUAGAAGAAAUGGACGAUGAGUAUGGAGAGGAACAGUAUGGGGAAAACGAGAAACAAUCCUCGCCGCGGCAGCAUGAGAUCGGGUAGUACAUGCAGAUGGAGGCUUGGAAUGUGUAAACAAGUGCCACUCACGAUUUUUGUAAUAGUACAUACGGUGCUACACAUAGAAGCAAUAGACUUAGGCCUCGCU